AUGAAGAACCCCAACCCCGUAAUCACAAUCCUCGUCCUUGGCUUCCUCCUCGGCAUUGGAGAAUGUAGGAAGCUUGCUAAUUCGGCCCUCUUCCCAGAGAGCACGUACUCCGCAGGUGGUGCUGGAGGUGGCGGAGGUGCUGGAAUAGGCACUGGCACCAGUGUGCCCGGUGGCAUCGGUUUCGGUAGCGGCUCGGGCACGGGCAAUGGAGGAGGCCAAGGUAGUGCCUCUGGUGCUACCGGCACUGUUGGUGGUGGUGGUGGUGGCGGCGGCUCAGGCAACGGUGCCGGUGGUGGCUCGAAUGGUGGGGGUGGCUCUGGAGCUGGCUCCGGCGCUGGUGCUGGCGGUGGAGGUGGUGUCUCUCAAAAUCCGGACACUGCACCACCUCCGGCAAUCGUGGAUGUUCCACCGGUGGACGUGCCUCCAGUGGACGUGCCGCCAGUUGUUGCUCCCUCUGUUGCAGAUUUGCCGCCGAGUCUUGCCCCCGUCAUUGAUGAGACUUUGUUUUGA